AUGCAGCUUCCUUUUGGAUUUUAUGUGUUUCAUAGUCCGAGAUCCCCGACCAGUCCUGGCCUUUUGGUGGAGGAAAACGCCAUCACGGAAUUGAUCAAGGUCAUGGAGGGCAAAGAUGACUGUGAAAUGAGCUUAGUUGCUCAGUUGAAGUUGGUGAUGUCACUUAUGGAGAACGAAUCCAACAAUCCGGUGGUGCGAUUGGUUAGUAGCGGCUUUUUCUAUGCCUUGGGCAACCUCGCGGCCAAUGGGGUCAGUCUCACUGUCUUACAGCUCCAGCAACGUCUCUUCGAGAAAAUGGCUGACCUACUCUUACAACUUGACCAAAUGGAUCACGAAACCGUAAUGAACGUAGGUGAGACCAUAGAUGAGUACCUCUCCAAAUUCAAGGAGUACAAGGAAAUACCAGAAUAUCACAUGUGGCACUUGAAGCGGUUUCUUGGUAAAAUCACGCUGAUAUACAAGAAGUUUCCAGACCUCCUCAAAUAUUGGUUCAGCGCUCGGACGGAGAAUCUCGCACGGGCGGAUCAACGGAUUUUUCUUCCACUCGAGUAUAUAAGGAAGCUCCUCUUUGGCGACAAUGGCGACGAUCUAAUUUUUGCUUUAACUACUCUAGUCGAGGCCGCAGACCUAGUUCAAGUUUCGAGGGAAUGGUUGGUCCAUCAAUCAGGAAUAAUUCGUAUAUUUUCCCAGAGCUGCCUCAAAUGCUUACUGCCCAUAGACCAGGGCAACCCGUGGCUGCAAACUAACAAUCUCGAGACUACCAAUGUACAACAAUAUAAGAAAUAUUUACGAUGGUACUUUAUGGUGCUUCAGAGUAGCUCCAUGGAAUCGAGGCUUGUGAUGCACAAGCAGUUCGAAUCGGAGUUCCUCUACAUGAUAAUCGGCUCAUCCCUCAACUGCCAGUACUUGGCUAGUUUGUUUGCGUUCAUUCAGGUGUUAGGAGAGUUCCCCAGAAUACACAAUAUAGUGGACAGCAUAUUAGAGAAUGAAGUAUUGGAGAGAAUAAUCACCCAAGAAAUCGUCCUGUUCUCCAUAUUCGAGCAUUUUAUCCUAGUGAUCAACAAUCUAGUCCGCGAUAACCAUCAUGCCUUAAUUAAAAUCUUUGGUAUUGGCAGUGAAAUUGAAGCUUCUCCAAUAGACUUAACCUUGGCCAAGAUGGAGCUAGAAACGCCAAGAGUAAGAGCUAUGAAAGUCUCUAUCGAUCUGAAUUACGAUAUUGGACAAGAAUUCGAGUUUUAUCUUUCGAAUCAGAUGCAGAGCAUAAGAACGUACCAAGUUGAUGUGGAGAAACUAAUAAUAAAAAAGUACUUCUUGGCUUGCAUAGGGUUCUUCGUUAAUUCUGACAAUUUGAAUUAUGCCUUGAUUGAAUUAACGAAAACGCUUUUGUUGAAGACCGAUUUAGCAACACACGAGAACUUCCAAUUGAUUAUGGAUUAUUUAUAUGAAUCUUAUCUUAGUUACCAAUUAGAGCUUUACUUGGCCAAUGCCAGAGUCUCACAGGCAAUUGUUGGAACACAAUUCAUCAAUCCGGAUUCUAAAUUGUUAACGAAAUUGAAUAUUGCAAGCAAGCAUGUUGAGUUUCUACAGAGCGCUAGGAAGAUCGACACCUCCAGUUUGAGUGAAAAGAUGAGACAGUUUACGGUGAUUAUUAUUCACACUUACGUUGUUUGCAAACUAAAAUGGCUUAAAAGUGCAUACAUGGAUGAUUAA